CUAAAUUGAGCAGCGGCAGCAGCGCCAAGUGAAAGGCUGCGGCGUCCAGCAGAGAAGCACACGAAUAACUCGACUGUAGUUGCUUUGAAACCACUUCGUCUGUUUUUUUUUCUUCUUCUUCCUUCUUCUUCUUUUUUUCUUUUUACCCGCUGGACCAGAUGCCCGUGUUUGACAGUGGUCGGCGCAGCCUGUAAACCUCCUCUGAUUGCCGGAUUAAAUGACCGUCAGUGACACCGCUGCUGGUUCUCCUGCUGCACCACUAAUGUGGUUCCUCCACACGGCCGCAUUGCUCUGAAGCAGCUCUUCCUACACCUUCUGUCGGCACAAUGAAUCGGAUCUUCUGGGAUGCUAUUUUUCUGAUAAGCGGUUCCUUCUUUACAUUUGGAGCAGGGCCCAGUGGUUCAUCUGUGAUUGAAGCCAACAUUGACACAACCUUCACUACUGCUCCAGACACACUCACUAGCAACUCCUUGACCACCGGUGGUGAAGGAACAACGACGGCUAACUUUCCUACUGUUAGAAGUUCUCUUCCUUCAUCAGGAACAGAGCAAACAAACAUAACAGUCCCUGAUGCUGCAAUCACUCCUAACGCCUCUGCUGCUUCUGCUUCUUCCAACCUGACGAGCAGCUCCCCGACAACCAGAAGACCCGCUGCAACGACCAGCAAGCAUCCAGCUAAAAAGUUUGUGGCCGCGGCAGUUCGGUCUCAUUUCGACGACUGCCCUGACUCCCAUCAGCAUUUCUGCUUUCACGGGACCUGCCGCUUCCUGGUCCUGGAGGAGACGCCUGCAUGUGUGUGUCAUCCAGGCUUUGUCGGGAUGAGGUGUGAGCACGCUGACCUGCUGGCCGUGGUAGCAACCAACCACAGAAAGCAGGCUGUGGCCACAGUGCUCGUGCUGUGCGUGAUCGGGUGUGUCCUCGUCAUGGUGUUGUGUUCUUUUCUGCACUGCUGGUGGAGGGAGGACUGUCGGAGGCGGAGCCGUGCACAGCUCUAUGAGGCAGAAAAGCACGGAGCGACAUGCUACCCACCAGAGAGCGUGGUUUGACAAGACUUCUUGCUGGAGAGCACGCCGUUUGAAACGCUGUGUGUCUCUCAUCUGUGCGGCGCCUCCGACCCGGGAGAGUCAUCGGAAACGAUCCAGAGCAGCAGAGGCAAAGUGCUGUUAUCUUCAAUGGGACUAAGGUAGGGGUUGUUUUUUUUUUUUUUUUUUUUUUUUACAUGGAAGAUAAGGAGCUCUAUUAUAAACCCCCACCCACUCCCAAAUCUGCCAACUUCAACUGGGACUUUUGGACUGCAAAAGACGAUGGAGUGCCCGUUGCUCUUACUUCAGUGGAAAUACACUCAGAACUGCAACAGUCUGUCUGGACCUCAAAUCGGGCCUGAAAAAGAGCGCUAUGUCCGGAUUAUCGCUUCUGGACGACCUAGAGGACAUGAUCUUCACAGACUCGACUAAAUAGCCAUCCAUUUUUUUUUUAUUUAUGGCUACAGGACAACAGUGAGUUAUUCUCAUAAUUCAGAAGGCCACAAUUCCUAUUUUUGUCUUUUAUCAUCUAUGCGCACGUUUUUCCUCUGAACCUGUGGAGCACGAAGGACACUUUUAAGUAACUGGUGUGGGGAAACUGAUGCUUUAAACAUGUUUUAGAGUAUUUUUCGUUUUAAAAAUGAAGGAACUCACUUCACCUGACAGAAGUAGGAAUUGUCACAUUUACUGGACUUUAACUUUUUAUAAACAAAGACUGCAAUCUAAGAUCGUUCUGAGGAAGAUCUUCAUGUCUCUCUUUUGUAUUGAAGUUGUCGGUUUAUUAUAAUUCCUGAGCUGCAUCUGAACAUUAUCAGAGGUUUUAUUUUUUUUGUUUGUUUUUCUAAGAUUUGCUAGCUGUAACAGUACCAACAUAUGCACAUCCUGGAGCGCCACUUUUUGUUUUUCCAACGCUACUAUUAUGAAGGUGCACUUUCUUAAGUUUACUUGUUUAUAUAUAUAUAUAUAUAUAUAUAUAUAUAUAUAUAUAUAUAUAUAUAUAGAUAUAUAUAUAUAUAUAUAUAUAUAUAUAUAUAUAUAUAUAUAUAUAUAUAUAUAUAUAUAUAUAUAUAUAUAUAUAUAAAUAUUCUUUACACACUGCACAUUGUUGUCCUUUUUAAAAUAGCAUCCACAUGUGGAGAUGCCAAAAUAAAAUCACUAACUCUGCCUGAAUGAGCACUGACGGGAAGACGCACUGUUUGCUCACAUUAUCCGGGGAUGCAUGCGUGUAUUUAUGGAGCGGAAAACAAAAGUGGUGCGUUACAGCUUUGGCUCUACUUUUUUUUUUUUUUUUUAAGAGAAAAUUCUCUGAAUGCUAGAAUAAAUCUUUGAAGGAAUUGAUAAUACUGGCAUGCCUGAUUAUGUGCUUUGUGUGGCAGAAAAAACAAACAGAUUGUACGACGACUGCUAUGGUAUUUGCAUGCCAAAAAAAACUAGAAGAUGAUGAUAAAGUUGUUUUUGUUUACAAAACCUGAUCAUUUUUUUUUGCCCUGAUGUGUCUAACACAACAUGAAUGAGUCUAAUAUAUUACUAGUAAAAUCUUCUAAAAUGUGUUGUACCUUUAA